AUGCCAUUGUGUAGUUCUGUAUCCUCAAGGCAGUGUGGUGGCCAACAGCCCUAUCUUUUUUUCUCUCUAUCCCCUCUCUCCUGUCCCUUCAUCUUCCUCCUCUCUCUUUGUCUCACCCUCUCUCUCUCCCUCUCUCUCUGCCUCUCUCUCACUCUCUGUGAUGCCGGGCUGUGGGUGAGUUUGCCCGUGACCAGACUGAAGCUGGGGAAGCUAAAGGUGGUGCGGCGGCAGCUGCUGCAAAGGUAUGAACACCAGCCGUUUGUCUCCUGUCUGGCUGGCCUCUAUGGCUGCCAAUGGAGACGAUAUCAAAGAGCCCGGGCGCAGCCAGGAGAGUGCUGCUGCAGCAAGGUGGAGUGUGGCAGCUUUGGCCUCCUGAUCCUCACCUUCUUCCUGAGUUUUUUAUUCCUUUAUUUCUGGAGUGAAGCUCAGAAUGACUACAUAGACUUUGACUGGUUUAACUUUGGGACUUUGGGUUUCUGGUUUCCCUGGUCUUUGGUCCUUUUGGUCAUUGCUGCUACUCUCUUCACAUACACCUCCCUACUACUGGUGCUGGCAGUGUGUCUGCUUUCUGAGGGUCAGAGGCUGUACCUUCACUGGAGCCACAAGACUGGCAUCCUGGUGUCAUUGGUGUUCUCCGUCACUGCCACCGCCAUCCUGUCUGACCUCUGGAGAAAAGAAUGGAAGACUCUUCUUCUCUCCCUGCAGGUGACAGCACCUUUCCUCCAUGUGGCUGCAGUCUCACUAAUGGCAAUUCUCUCCUGGCCAAUAGCGUUGCACUUCUUCCGCAUGAACAAGAAAGUGCGUCAGGUGGCCGUCCUGGGUCUCUACCUGUCCAUGCUGUUCUCUCUCUACCUGGUCCCUCUGGGAAUGUACUCGCCCUGCAUUAAAGAGGCAGGAACGCUGGGACCCGCCCCAACUCUCAUCGGACACAGAGGAGCUCCAAUGCUUGCUCCAGAGAAUACUGUGAUGUCGUUUGAGAAGGCAGUGGAAGCUGGAGGCGAAGGAUUGGAGACUGAUGUCACCAUCAGUUAUGAUGGUGUUCCCUUCCUGAUGCAUGACUCCACUCUGAGGAGAACCACUAACGUCGCUGAUGUUUUCCCAAAUCGAACACACCUCGAUGCCUCCAUGUUCACCUGGGCUGAGCUACAGCAACUGAAUGCUGGUGACUGGUUCUUAUCGAGGGAUCCAUUUGGUACUGUGUCGUCCAUGUCUGAGGCGGACUUCUCCCAGGUCCAGAACCAGUCUGUUCCCUCACUGGCCCAGUUCCUGGAGGUAGCGGCCCGUAGCAGCAGACUAGUGCUGUUUGACCUGCGUAGGCCACCGCACGGACAUCCCUACAGUCAGUCAUACAUCAACACCACCCUGCAGGUGGUGCAGGCCCACAUCAACUCCUCACAGGUGCUGUGGCUGCCAUCUGAGGACAGGGAGCUGGUCCAGACUGUGGAUCCAGAGCUGCAGCAGACCUCUGGAGAAAAGGCAUCUAUCCAGGAACUAAGAGACGGCCACAUCACCAGACUCAACCUGCACUACAGCACAAUGUCACAACAACAGAUCAGUAAGUACCAGUCAGUGAACAUCAGCACCAACCUGUAUGUGAUCAGCCAGCCGUGGCUCUACACUCUGGCCUGGUGUGCCGGAGCUCAGUCCGUAACCACCAACUCCAUCCACAUCCUGUCCAACAUCAAAAAGCCGCUUUACCUCAUGACUCCAGAGGAAUAUAGUUUAAUGUGGAUUCUGACUGAUGCCGUGUCUGCCUGCCUCAUCAUUGCAGUUUUCUUAUUCCAUUGGUGGAGAGAGAGAGGCCUGCCCUUCUGGUCUGGCAGCCGUCAGACUCACGAGAACGGACCUUACAGCAAGUUCAGGACGGAGCUGAGUGACGUGUGGUCCAUCUCCAGCGUCAAUGUCCGGCCUGACCUACGGAGCACGCCCAGUUCACCCAGUGCCCCUCACCUGCCCACCAUCACCGAGGAGUGACUGAGGGAGAGAAAGAGAGAGAGAGAGAGAGGCCAGAUAGGGAGGGCCUUUUAAAUUAAAGAGAAAAGAUAAUGGAGAGAGACAGCAAACUCUCUUGUCUUUCUCCGCUUCCUCUCUCAGUCUGCGGGCCGACUGCCUGCAGGAACUGAACUGCUGAACCAAACCUCAUUCACUGACCUGCCAUCCGGGACGGAGCAGAGAGACUCUGGACUCGAGCCUGGAAGCACCAGUGUUUUUUUUCCAUACUCUAAUCUCAUAGAUGCCAUUCAGAUGCCUGGGCGGUGAGGACACUCAAACACUAGCCCAGAGGCUGACAUGCUUGAUGAACAUUUUCAUCUUUGGUCAUUCAACAUCACCAGCUGAUAUUGACUAGAUGUUAAAGAAACAAAACCUCACACAAGAAAGAAGAAUCAAUAUAUGCUGCUGUAGUAGUACAUGAGUCUCUUUCACUCAUCCGCCUCGUGUUUCUAGUAAAAACCAAAUGUUUGUCAAAGGAAAAGCGGCAGCGUGGAGGUGAAGCUCAGAGUGAGUGAAAGCUGAUGGUGAUGAAAAUUGUAACUUCGGAGCAGGAGACAUGUGGACGAUGAUAAAAUGGAGAAUCUUCUGUAGGAGCUAUACUUUUAUUUUUUCAGCUGUACAAUUAUCAGGUGCAUUUGACCAAACCUUAAACCAUGUCUUGACCAUGUGAGUUGUUGGAAGCAGUGUAUGAACUGUACACUGUUGGGCUGACAGAAUGAAUGUAAACCUGAAGCUUGAGAAGAUAUUGUUAGUUACUAUUUAUGUUUUGUACUAAAGUGAAUGUAUUACCAAGCGGGGCCGUGUUUCUCAAAAGCAUACGAGGAAUGUUUUGGCAGGGAGUAAUUUCAGUUUGGGUACAGAUGCUAAAUGUAGUAUCAGCUGCUCCAAAUAAAGAUAAAGAUGCUUUUGAGAAACCGGACCCUGUGUUCUUUUUGCAAGGCAGUGAGUACAGCAUCUGCUUUUUCCUCAAAUAUACAAAUAUACGCACACAGUACCAUAUGACUAUAUAAUCUGUGGGUUACACUUUAUUUGGAAAGUCUGCUACAGAUGGUUAGUUGAGAUUCAACUGAUUCACAUAUUAAGCUGUUUUUUAGAUUUGGUUUAGGUACACAAAACAUUUUGAUUAGGGGAUGAUCAUGAAUUACCCCAAAUAUACUUUAUUGAUAAUCUGUUAAACAUCUAAAGGUAAAAGAAAAAACAUUUGAAAACUAUCUGUUGGUGGGCUAUCCAAAUAUAAAGUGUCAUCUUUGUUGUGUUGUCCUAACUCAAACUCUUAAAUCCAGAGUGUCUUGUCUCAACUUUUUAGGUGUGAAAUCCGUGAAGUUAGGGGCUUUGAUUUUUUGAGGGGUUUUCCCAGUUUUCUGCACAGUUUUGGAGGUGAAUCAGGAAGUGCUGCAGUAAGUGCCAUUUAAAAAAAUAAUAAUAAUAAUAAAAUUAUUGUUAGGAUCAAUCACUCUAAGCAAAGUAAAUGUGCAGGAAUUUAUUUAAAACAAUCUUAACAAUAGUUUGGAUGCACAUCCUCGCAGGUAUCAUUUGAAAUGAAUCAGUGCAACACAGUUUACAGUGUGCUGCUCAUUACAUUUAACCUGCAGUCAGAAUCCAUGAUUUUAUCCAACUAGUGUUGAAGCUCCCAUUCUCAGUCAUUCUUAGCUUUUUAUUAAUAUUGGACUUUGAAAUUUCGGAUUCUGUUGGAUUUGAGGUUACUCUGUCUUUGUCUUUGUGUGUCCUGCACCGUUGAACUUACACAGGCCUGGUUAUGGUCUGUCUGGCCAAGGUGAUGCUGAAACUUGUCUUAAGACAGAUGUUUGGCUGCAAUCAGAAGUUUCUGGUCUCUUUAUUUUGUCUUAAAAAAACUUCAAGGCAACACAAGACGAAUGAAUGAGAAGAAUGAAGAAUGAGUUUGUGUAAGUCCUGAAGUCAGAAAUGACUGAAUGAAACGAGGCUAAAAUUAUGUAGAUCUAAAGUUUAGACAUUACAGUGCAGUCACAUCACCGUCUAAGACCAAGCAACUUAAUGUACUUGUAUUGUGAUAUGAAUAAGUGGUUAGCACUUAGUUUAAUUGUAUUUGUGUUCCUGUUGAGAAUAUAGUAGCUGAUCUGUUGGGUAGGCUAAGCAUUUUAGCUGCAGUUAUCAAUCACUGCACAGCCAUAUUUAUUAUAUUGAAUUUGAUGUUUCCCACCAUAAGACCGUUCAUUUUAAGCGAGCGAGUCUGGUGACAAUGCGGCAUUGCAUUAUAUUUGCUUUAGAGAUGCAUUGCAUUUUGAGCCUUGCAUGUAAGGGAUUUAUUCGCCUUUUGUUUUAUAGAUGCUUUCUUAAAGUGAAAUUUGCCCCAAUGUUGUAUCAUACUCAGAGCUCAUGUAGACUGUGUCUUUAGGCAGAUAUUCAAGUGGUUUCCACUUUAAAACAAUAUCCUAACAUCCAUAGAAGCAUCUGUUGUUCACGAAAGGGCAGCUCUCCAGAGGUCACAAACGGCAAGUUGUGAUGAAAACAGAAUGAUUGUAGAUAAAAUCAGGGAACACAUGAGGUGAUUCUGUUGCAGUUUUUGACCUUUGCAGUGUUGCCUUUUUUCCUCACUUCAAUUUUGGGAAAUACAGACAUUGCUGUUUUUUGAAAGGCAGUUCAGAAGUUCAGAGCUGGAGUUGUGUGUCUGGCAUCCUGAAAUCAGAGGUUUAACCUCAAGCUGUUUUAAAAAAAAAAAAAAUUUAAAUCUCUAUAUUUAAGGCAAAUAUCCAGUUAAGUUAUGGCUGCAUUAAACUGUUCACAUGCAGGCGACUCGUGCAUGCUGCUCUGCACGUUAUUUCAGUAAAGAAAACGCAAGGAAACUUUAAAUUAGUGCGACCAAACCAUAAAGAAGGACAAUCAGUGAAUCAGAGGAAAGAGAUGUCAAUUACACCAGAGACACAUUGUCAGGCUGUUUAUAUAUAAACUCUGGAGGCAAACCGCUUCUCAUCAUUUAAUGACAGCCACCUUCAUUCCAGACUGGUGAACAAAAUUACUUGAAAGGCUUUUCUUGGUUGCAGGGCUGUUCAUUCAUCAUCAGUAUAUAAUAUACCUGCUUUGCUGUCUUGAUGCCUGCAAGAGUCCGGUGUACAUCAAAAUGUGUUUUUUACAGGGUAUGUUUGAGGUAAAUUCCCAUGUUAUGGAAUUAUUAUCAUAAUUCACUUCACUGAAGUUCUCCAUAAUCAAAGAUGUGUGUUAGAUUUGGCUCCAUCAGUGGUGUGAUUCAAAAUUCAUGGCCUUUCCCUGCCUGGAAGCUGUGGUCCUGUUCAACGCCUGGAAGUGUGGACAUAAAACAUUGGAUUUCUUAAAGUCAGAUCUGAAUUAGGAACACACACAGAAAUGUUGAGUGAAAGCAAACUGUCAACAUCUCUUAAAGUGUAUAAAUGCUCAACAUUGUCUUUGACUAAUAGCUGCAGUACUUGCUGAGAAACGUAACCUAAGAUAUGGGAUAAUAUUAUAAUGUGGGUGUAAUAGUCCAUUCUUUCAAAUGGUUAAGUCUCUGUAGCAUUUUACAUCUUGUGCUGUACUGAACAGCUAUUUUUAUUUUAUAGAAGCAUUCUCAACUUUUGGUUUCUUUUUUUUUUUUACUGUAACUUUUCUCUGAUUGUAAAUGCUACUGUCAUCUGGUAUUAAAACAUUAGACAAAA